UUACUUGCUGAAUAAAUGGCUACAGCUGCAGCAACAAAAGACUCUAGAUGGGAAACGGUGUUGAAGCCUCAACUAGUGUCUGUGGCUGAGGUGUUGUGUCCACUUCGGAAUCGACUUCCUCCACGGCUAUAUAGUCAUGGCCUUAUUAAUGGAGAUGAAGAGGAACGUUUCACCAAGUCAACUAAGUCAGAAACGGACUUGGCUUUGGAAAUUCUAGGUGUGCUUCGUAAACAAGGUCCCGGAUCAUUUGACGAAUUCUGCGACGUACUUUUGGAGCCUGGAGAUAAGACAUUGGGUGAAUUGGAAAGUCGUUUUCGACCAGAUCGUCUAAUCGGCAUUGAGAAGGGUGGUUCUGAUGACAGCACAUCUGAGCAGAAACUGAAUCGAAAAUCUGUUCAAAUUUUGAUGAAAGAAAGUUUAUUAAAAGACUUUAAGGAACGAGAAUUUGGGGAACAACUAAAGCUUGCUUUGUUUCAUGGACUUGGGAUUCCAAAAGAAUCUAUUAUAUCAUAUCCAGCGUGUCAUCAAUUCAAUUAUUCAGAGAGAAAAUGGAUUCAUGUAGUUCAUGUUGCCAACAAAGCUUUGAUUACAGUUGUUGUCAGUGGAGUUGAGAAAGCUGAGGUUGAAAGACACGCCAACACGAUACUUAAUCUUCUCUCUCUAGAAGCGGGAGUCAAGGAUUCAGAAAUAGAAAUUGUUCAAAUUUUGUCUUGUAACAGUUGUCUGCUAGUCAUUCGGUUACCAGGACUGGCAAUGGUGCAGCUCAUCAUUGCUUUCUUCAGUCCAAAGUCAAGGCCAGUAUUUUGUCAACGUUUUGCAAAAAUUUUACCUGCAGCAUUUAAAAUCACGUUUGGGUUUGCCUCGCUCCCAGAUUGUUCAGCAGAGUUACCAUCGAUGCACCCAAUACUGAAAUCUGGAGACAUCCCCUCACAUUUUACCAAAGAUUGUUCAGUGGAGUUACCAUCAUUGCACUCAGUACCAAAGUCUGGAGAUGGCCCCUCACAUCUUACUAGACAGCUACAAAAAGAUUUUACACUUGGAAGCAAAAUAGUGUCUACAUCUCUAAUACUUCACAACCAUUUCCAGGGAGGCAAAACACCAUUGCAUGAGGCAGUGCUAGCGGCAGAUCUGCCUGGAUUAAAAAAGAUUUUGAGUUUUCCGAAACUCUCAUGGUUGAACGUGAAAGCGAAAGGUGGUUGGACCGCCCUCCAUUGGGCUACCAAGUGUCCUAGUCCUGAGUUCAUACGGCUGCUACUAGAGAAGGGUGCAGAUCCUACUCUGCUAACGAGAGAACACAACUCUGUCUUGCAUUCAGCAGCGUCUAGUGGAACAGUAGAAAUGGUCAAGAUGAUUAUUGAAACACGCCGACUGGACAUUAACGCACAAACUCUAAAGGGAUGGACACCUAUCCACUGUGCCGUGAAUAGCCAGAAAGUAGAUGUGUUGAAAUUUCUUAUCGAAUGCAAGGCUGAUAUUUUUGUUGCUACUGAGGAAGGUUGGUUGGCUUUGCAUCUGGCUUGCAAAGUUGGCAGUCUGCGUAGCUGCCAAGCUCUUUUGGAGGCAGCAGACAGCGAGCGUCAAAAGGAAAUGUUGCUUGCAAGCACUAAGAGUGGAUGGACUCCUCUCUUUUGUGCUGUGAAUGGUAUGAAUGGUGGCCAUCUUGACAUAGUGCAAUGGCUUGUUGAAAAGUGGAAAGUGCCUGUUGAUGAGCCAGAUUGUGGAGAGAAUAAGUACACAGCACUUCACAUUGCCAGCAAGCUUGGAUUUCAACAAAUUGCACAAUAUCUCAUCAGACAAAAAGCAAAUGUUGAUUCAGUUGCCAAAAAUGGCUACAGACCUCUUCACUGGGCAGCUUUGUACAAUAAAGAGGACGUUGUUGAUGUUCUCAUUGCAAACAAAGCAACUGUGAAUGUUCAAAACAUCGAUAAAAACACUCCUCUGCAUCUUGCCAAGAAGAAAGGUCAUGAAUCUGUGUGUGAGAAGAUCUGCAACUCAGGAGCAGAUUUGUCUAUCAGAAAUGCUGUAAAAUAUAGUUUGAGUGGUUUUACUGCAGCAGAAGUGACGUCUGAAAUUCCUCCAGAAAUUCGAUCUCGAGGAAAAGCAGCUAUUCGCCAUUUUAGAGCAGCUUUACGAGAUGGGAAAACUAAGCCACACAGAAUCAAGCUUAUGCUGCUAGGAGAUGCUCGAGUUGGCAAAACUUCUCUCUUUCGAUAUCUUACUGGUCAGGAAUUUAUAGAUGAUCUGGCUUGUACCGAGGGCAUUGACACGAGGCUAAUCAGCACUCCUGAUGUAGAACCUGUCAGUGACACUGUGUGGAAGGUGAUGGAUGUGCCUCACUCAGAUUUCAAUGACAAAAUAGCUCAGGAAAUUGUAAAACGUGUCAAGCAAGAUGAGAUUGCUUCUACUAAACCACGUUCUCGUGUACCGAUAGAGGAAUUUCGUUUACAAGGUGAUGAUCAGAAGUCAGCAAGCAGAUUAGAGGCAAGUCAUACUGUAACAAGAACAGAAACACAAGCACAAGGAAGACCAUCAACGUUAGCUGAUGUAAAAUCUGUACCACGAUUUGCAGUACCACCAGCUGCUUUGAUAAAAGGGUCUGCACAAGAAAGUUAUGUGACUCAACGUAGAAUUGCAAAAGAUGACAGACGUUACCUUUCAGUAGAGAGGCCACAACCAUACAAGGGUAAUCGAGUGCGUUUUUCUGAUGAGCCUCAACUACAUAUUUACAGUAGAUCUUACGAUGAUGAGGUUCCUGUAACCAAGAAAAGGAAAAAACGAAGAAAGAGAAGAUCUGAACCAGAACUAUUGCAGCAUGACUUUAGUGAAUUGCCAAUGCCGAAAUUGAAGAAGCACUGGCAAUUGAGUGGCUCUCAGGAUGAUGAAACAGUCAAACUAAGUGUUUGGGAUUUUGCAGGUCAACCUCUGUAUGAGCCUAUGCAUCACAUCUUUCUCACCAGACGGGCUAUUUAUCUUAUUGUGUUCGAUCUAGCCAAGUUGACUGACAAAGGAAUUACUGAUGCAGACUUGCAACGUAUUCAUAUGUGGGUUGCGUCAGUUCAUGCUCAUACUUCUUUGGAACCUGAACCAGUGCGACUAUUCUUUGUUGGCACUCACAAGGAUAGCGAGAAAGCAACAGAAGAUCGUGUGAAGAUGGCAAUAAACCAAAUUGACAAAUGCUAUCAGAAAUCAGAGGAGUUUGCUUGUCACAUUGAAUAUGUCCCAGUUGAUGAUGACGAGGAUAAUGAUGAAAUUUUAGCUCGAGUUGAGAAUUCCUGUCCUGACUUUCAAGACAGAAAUGUUUGUGUGCUACGAAAGGCUAUAGUAAAGGCAGCUUUAGCAAGAAGCUACAUGAAAGAAGAUAUUCCUUUGUCAUGGCUUCAAUUUGAAGAAAAAAUUUUGAAAUUUCACCAACUAUCUUUAUUUGACAAGAUGGAACAUUCAGCUAGUGAACCUCGGUGUUUGUUACCAUUUGACAAAAUGAAAGAAAUUGCAGCCCAAUGCAAUGUUGAUGUGCGUAAAGGUCCAUUCCAGACAAUGAGUACAUUUUUCCAUGAUGUUGGACUUAUUGUUGUACCUGCUGCAAUGCAAGGAUUAGAUGAAGAAAUGAAAAAGUCUCUUGAAGAGUUUGUAAUUCCUAAUCCACAGUGGCUUGUUGACCUGAUGACACUUCUUGUCAAAUUACCAAACAAAAGUAAGCGAGAGUCAAGUUAUCGUUCUGAUUGGCUUAUUCUUGAAAACAAAGGAAUUUUGACACAGAAGCUCAUGCACCACAUCAUGCAUGACCUUCAUAAAUUUUCUGACAGUGACGUUGGCAUACUAUGCCUUUUAUUCCAAGCACUAGGAUUUAUCUGUAAGCUGUUGCACAGGCAAAUCUCUUUAUCUCCUGAUACAAAGCAGCUAACAGAACAAAUGAAACAAGUGACACUGGAAACCAGUCGUGAUGAAUCUGAACAGCAGCAAACUGAUCAACGUAUAACAGACACGUAUGCAGAGAUAUAUCUUGUACCUUGUCAACUUCCAGAAGACCAUCCGGAUCUUGUAGACUUGUUGCACAACUGGGAAAAAGAAUUCUACUUUGACUUUGUUGAUUUUCUACCUCCUUGGCUAUAUUUGCAUCUUAUUGUACGACUUCUUACUCACAUGCAGCAACAGCCAGAGUUGCAACAUAGUCUGAAGAAUGAACGGCUUCCUAUCCUAUCAAAGAGAGCUUGUCUAAUGGCCCAAAAUCAUCGCAUUCACUUUGUUAUCAAACCAUUGGCAAAUCGGAUUGUUGUACAGCACCAGCUGAGUGAUAGUAAUGAUGAAAAGAAAUUGAUAUUAUGGCUGUUUGGCGUUGUUGCCGAAAUUUCAAAACAAAAAUUUAAAAAUCUCACGUUCAGUUGUGGUCAUCUCUGCCCACAUGUCACUUGCCUAAGAAAGAACAUUGUCAGCAAAGUUGAUGAAAAUGAUAUGCGCGUUUUUCAGUAUGAUGAAGUCAAUAAAUUAAGGAGACAAGGUUUAGCUGCUGCAAAGUGUCUAUAUCGAUUUCGACUCUUUGCAUCUGAGCAGAACAAGGAUAAUCUCAUGAAGUCACUGAUUACGUCUAUCAAUUCAGUUCUAUCGGCAACACAGACUGAAGCUCACGUAGAGGAAAUGUGUAACUACACAAAUGGUGUUUGCCAUUAUGUAGAUGACGUAGUUUUAUGUGACUUUGCUGAUCCUGAUGUGAUUGCAUCUCACCAUUUAAGACAGGAGCCAGACGCUGAUAGUUCGAAAACUACUCUGCCUCAGCAAGAUUUAGCACUGCUGCUCGAGUCUGUUGAAGAACCUGUCUCAAAGAAACAUAUUAAUCUACUGGCCAAACAGCUUGCAGAGAAUCGUUCUCUUAACUUGACAUUUUUGGCUGCCGCUUUGAACGUAGAGGUAGAUGAUCAUGAGACAGUCGAGGGGUCGAAAAGUGUCAGACAACAGUGUUUUGAGAUUCUGACUAGAUGGCAUGCACAGGCUGCUGCUGAAGACGCAACAAUAGGCUACCUCAGACGAGCAGUUGAAGAAGCAUUGUGACAUAUAUAUUGUGACAUAUAUUGUGCUAUGUGUUCAGCAGGAAUUGUUUUUGGGAGUUGCCUUAUAUAGCUAGUUAGCUAGCUUUACGGAUUAUAAGCAUAUGGAUAUAUGUGUUAAGUUCAUUAAUUAAACGGUUUCAAUUAAAUAUUGA